AUGACCACAGCACCCCCAGAACCCACCCUCCAACCCCCCACCCCAACAACCCCGCACUUCUCCCCCUCCACCCCACCACCAACCACAUCAACAAGCACCUCCUCCUCCACAACCUUCCCCCUCCCCCCCUGGACCUCCUUUCCACCCUUCUACACCCUGCAACCCAACCUCCAAACGCGCGCCCGCCAAUACGAACUCUGGUCCACGCUCCUGCAAACCUACGCAAGACACCACACCCUCUUCCGACUCUCGCUCUCCUCCCCCCCGCCGAACCUCUUCUCCAACGACCGGCUAAACCGCGCGCUAAAACCAAGCGAUGUGCGCGCGCUACUAGACCACUUGUCGAAAGCUGAAAACGGGGGAGUAGUAGAGUGGAUUCCCCCUUCUGCGCCUUCUUCUUCCUCCUCGGGGGGGAGGGCAGAGCAAAGUCAAGCGGUGUACAUUUGGUGGCGGAGCCCGGGCGAGUGGGCGGAUGCGCUGUAUGGGUGGGUGGAGGAGACGGGGCAGAAGGGGGCGGUGCUGACGCUGUAUGAGUUAAGGGAAGGCGAGGCGGUAAGGGGAAAGGAGUGGAGGGCGAUGGAGGAGGGGAUGUUGAGGCGGGUGUUGGGGGUGUUGGUUAAGAGGGGAAAGGCGCAGGUUUUUGGGCUGGAGAGUGGGGAGGGAGUCAAGUUUUUCUGA